CGAGAGCGUGAGAACUCUGUCAUAAUUGAGAGUGGAUCAUGAGCUCUGUCACUGAGAGCGCGUGAAGUCCAUUGUUGAUGAAAGGAGACUGAAAUUAUCGUGAUGAGGCAAGAAAUCAUCGGAAGAGAAUAAGAAGUGGCUAUUGGUAUUGAGCGACAUUCUUUACUGUCUGUUAGAAGAAACCAGAUCUGAUACGGAACUGUAGAUGGUCCAUUGCACCUUCUGCCUACCCAACCAUCAAUUAUGACUACAGUUUCCUCUCCCUCUCUCUCUUCUCUCUCCUGAAAUCUCUUACCCAUCGAAUCUCUCACCCGAACUCACCUCGAUUUUCAAUUAUGCUUACCGUACUACAACGCGUCUUUAACGCUAAAACCAACGCACUAAGAAUAAGUACUUGUCGCUCCCUUACAAGAUUUGUUCUUUUCUCGUAUUGAAUACCGAAAAGUUGUUGUUGCGUUUGAACGAAUCCUCUCAUCCCAUCCCGCUUUCUUUCUAAGAACCUUGGUUUAGGUGGACCGUAACGUGUUUAGGUUGAAACAGAAAGAUCUACCUCUAUAAGAAGACGGGUGCUGGAUAGAAAUGAGUUCGUUGAAAAUGAUGAAUCUUCGAGCCAUCAGUGGCGUCUUUUUGGCAGCGCUGUGCGCGUUGCCGGUUGUUGUAAGCAGUGGGGUACCCAUCACGCCAGAACAGCGCAAAAAUUGGUUGUCAGGAAACGGUGGUACUCAGAUACUUUCUGAUCUUAAAAAAAUUAUUUCAGAUACCUUCUGAUCUUAAAAAAAUCGUAGCCUCAAACCAUGUUUCAUCAUCUACUCUUCACAACAAGUACUACACCCAGUACUUCCAUCCUCCAACUCCAUCUCACAUCAACAGCGUUCCAGUACCUGUCGUACAAUGAGGUGUUUCAGUUCUUCUCCGUGUUGGCGGAGGAAUAUCCGAAGUACAUUCGUUUGCACGUUGCUGAUGAGAUGUUUCCGCACCUCCGCGAGUUCUCUGGUGCCACUACCGAGGAGGCGGCCGCAUUCCAGCAGAAGAUGUCGGAUAUGACCUGCGGCAAUGAGCCCGCUUACAUCCACGGUCGCAAGGGCCCGCAACCGAUGACCACCGGUGAGCCGCUGCCAUGCGAGUCUUUACUGGUGCACAUCGCUGAUUUCGACGCUUUAUCUGCUGCACACGGGAGUACGAAUAAACCAGAGGUGUUGUUGAUCGGAGAGGUGCAUGGCAACGAAAAAGUGGGCACGUCCACAACGGCGGAACUGGCACGCCAGCUCGUACAAGCGGCAGACAAGCCUGCUGCACGAGGGACUGACGCGACUGAACAAGAGCUGAAGUGGCUGGUGCAGAACCGAAACACCUGGAUCAUGCCACUUCCCAAUGCCUAUGGGUAUUACUUAAUUUCUCUGUGUUUCUUUUUGUUUUCUACAUUAUUUGAGACUGGCGAGAAGUUACUACGUGUAGAGAUGGACGCCUAUUCACUUCGCUUAGCAUUUAGAUGAAAAGUUACGUUAUUCGUCAGCCAUUUCGGCCUUAGGUUUCUUCCCACGACACAGCUGUCGGCUUCAGCUCUCUCCUUAUCAUCAUCAUAUAAACCGGCACCGCCUCCGGUAAUAAGAAAAUAACCGGCAAAAUAUAGCUCCUCGGCAUGCUUCUUCCCUCCGAAGUGCCUGCGAAGUCCCUGAGGGUCCACCCUGAACGCUGUGGAGCGUGGGGAGCCUUGCCGCAGGACCAAGGCGCAGCCCGCAAGGCAGCGGGAGCGGCGGGACUGAUUGCCAAGGCAGGCGCUGGAAGGGCGGAAGGAAGGGGCCGGGCGGCUGUGUGGGAGCUAAGUCCGGCGGGGGUUGCAAGGCUGAAAAAGCGAAGGGGCCGGCUGUGGGCGAUCGUGUCCACCGGCUUGCCGGCGCUGCCGUUUCUCCCCGGCUUCAGCGCUGUGCUGCAAAUUCGUUCGCUUUCGGGUUUUAGUCUUACGCCCUCCCAGUAGCGGGCGCACUCGGAACCCGUGGCCGCGGGGUGGGCCGCAGCGCAUUACUAGGCCGAUUCGGAAACCCCCACUAAAGAUCUCGCGGAGGUAGAGAUCUGGGGGCACAGCUGUGCGCCCCCUUGGCAAGAAGUCCAGAGCGAAGCCAGGAGAGCAAAAACGUGCAGCGCGUGGCAGCUGGAGACCUACAGGAAAGCACGUCGUUCUUUCGGGCUUGGUUUACCGUUUGGCCGUGUGGGGGCCUGGUGUAUUUCUUGGGCUGCCGCCCCUAUCUCGCAAACUGUCGGGUGUUCUGUUUUGAAGGUGUCUCUUAAAGCAGCUAGAUGGAAAGGCGGCGGCCCUGGGCGUGAUGACAUUGCUCGAGCCGUUCGGGGUGAAGUCGCUCGGUUCGUUCGCGUGUUUUUCCCCGUCGUCCCAGCCUGAGGAGUUAUAUAUUGGGCUGACCAUCACCGCCGCGAAAGUGAUGAUCGCGGCGCCCGUUUGUUGACCUAACCGCAAAAGGAAAGCGCGCGCGCCCGAGAUGAUGUGUAUUUCGCUCCAUCAACAUGGUGUGCGUGGCCACUUUUUGGGCAGGGCUGGCGGGGGGCCGUCUUCACUCUUCGUCUUCUCCUUCAGAGAGAUCAGUAGUAGACCGAUUCCCUGCGUCCCGUUAUUAGGCUUCGCAGUUCCGCGGCUGUCCUUCGGGAUACGUUGUUGGAAUCAACUGUAUGGUCCCCCCGGUACACGGAGGAGACCUACUCAGGAUGUCAAUCAAUCAAAUGAAAGAGACCACUUUGUAAUGGUGUAGCAUCAAUUAUGCAUAAAGAUACUGAGAACAUGGACACUCUGAUCGCCUUACUCACACGACGACCUUCCCACAAAAUACUUUUACUUCUUACAUCAACGAACCUCGUCUCAGGUAUUUCCACAACGUGCGCGAGGACCAAGGUGUCGAUCCUAAUCGCGAUUCGCCGUACUUGAACCCCAACUGCUUCCAGAGUUUCACGGGUCGCUUCCUGAACGAGUUAUCUCGCACUCAUCUCUUUCAACAGAUGCUGGAAUUUCAUGGCGGUUGUCGUCAGAUUGUCUUUGAGUGGGCUGGGCCGAACCACGUGAUGAACAAGGAUGGUACCAAAACUUCUAUACCACUUUUUUCUCGUCUAUUCGUAGCUGUUCUCGUGGUAAAUUAAUAUGUUCAUGAUUCUCCUUUUCCUUUUUGUCUUCCGUUUUUUAUCUCCGUCACCGUCUCCCAUUUCUCGAUAAGGUACGGCAGCGUCGCUUCCCGCGGGCGUGAUUGCGCAGAAUGAAGCCGGGUUCGACGAGCUGAGUUCGGAGAGUCCCGACCACAAGGCCUACCGCAACAUUGCGGAGAAGAUGAGGAGUGCAAGCGGAGUGGACGGUGCGAGCUCCGAGAAGGACUUCUGGUACCCACCCGUGGGUCCGCACACGGACAACAUCUACUGGAUCCGUGGUGGUAUCCAGGACUGGCUCUACACAGCGAGCUGGGAGCCGCAGGCACAGGGCAACGCCUUGCCGGACGGAAAGCACCCGAUCGCCAAUCACUGCCCCGGUUACCCGGACGCCGGCCUGGACUACAAUUAAGGGUACACCUUUAAGGUGCUUUUCUUACCGCUUUUUAUGCCUCUCUCCCUUAGGAUGAGAAAGGCAUAACAAGCGGGGUAAGCGAGCACCAAAAACCUACCUCUAAUACAAGCAUGGUGGGGCGAACAUGCGCUCGCUGAGUUUCCUAGUGGAAACCGACGACAACAAGGAACCGGAUCGGGCGACGCUGGGAAGCAACGGAGAGUUGUGGGACAACACGAACGGCCUCGAGGGCCACAUUCCGCGGAACCUGCGUUUGAGCCUGCGCGUGAUGGAGAUGGCCGACCCAGCAAUUCGCUUCCUGGCUCCGAGGACGUCGGCGACCAGUGUGGUCGCACCUUCGGUUGUUCACGCUGCUCAGUACAAGAAGGAGAAGGGAGGUGAAGUGCAGAUGCUAAGCACUGGCGCGGACUCGUCGUCGAACACGUACUUGCCGCCCAGCCUGAAAAGCGCGGAAGGGAUCUUAGGAGGAGGAGGAGGAGGUUUUUACGGCGUCGGCUGCGACACGAUGGACAAGGUGCAACUGUUCGACAUCUGUCCCGAGGACCGCGGCAAGGGGCCGCUUGACGUGACCAAGAUGCUCGAGGAUGUGGUGGAGAGCCAGGGCCAGAACCGCAUCCAGGACGCCGUGAACAAGCAGGCAGGCAGUGACGACAACCAACAGCAGGUUCAAUUAAGGAGACAUGUAUUAAACAAGCUUGUGAACCUUAGAUAGUUAGACAUGUAUUAAACAAAUGAAUUUUUACUGCUUAUUAUCAAUCAUAAGAGCUAUUUAAUCAAAGGCUGACAGCGGUGGAGUGAAAGUGGAAUUAUAUGAAGUACCAAGAGAUACCGAAAAAAAGAAAGGAAAAGUCAGCACCAUUCGGUCGCAAAUCUGAUAAUAUUUCUGAAUAUUACUACUCCCGUAUCUCACUGAUCAUUCAAAUUUCUACAAGACGGAGACUACAUUUUGUCUCACUGCUAUACAGUUUCUCUCUUCAGAUUCUGAAGAAAUGUAGGCAAGAGGUGAAUUUAUUAGAAUUGUUUUGAUGAGGUCUAAGGCAAGGUGAGCAGCUGGGAAAGCACGACAACUUGCAAUGUACUGGCUUGAACCUGUGGGAACGCGGUCGCGGAGAACCCAGCUUUCUCGCUACGCAGCUCACGCCGCAGGUACAAUAUAAGUUGUCAAUUACACAUACAUUUUCGUUUUCGUCACUAACAAUAUAUAGAAUUGACAACGAAACAAACCGUAUAAUAUCGAAAAAGAAUAUGAAUUUUCUGAACUUCAUCCCUCCAUCAGGCGAUCAAAGUAUUAGCAGAGCGACCGCGUUGUCUGGCUGCUGUUGCCACAUUCGAUCAACAUUGGGGUGAUCAGGACCACCCGGAUCCCGACAUGCGACCGCAAUCGCAUUCCGUUCGCUCUCGCCUAGAGGCUAGCUACCAUGCUGCAGUUGGAAACAGUAAUCUUUUGCUACAAGUUGAUUUCCUUCACUGUUGUGAGUAACUUCGUGAGUCUACUUUGAUAUAGUAGAAGUUACAUGGAAAUUGAAAGUUGUUGCCUCAAAGACAAUCUUCCUCCAACCUCCAAAACGAAGUGAGUCUUCGUAGUACUCCACGUCGGUUGUACCACGCCGGUUCUUGAUGAUUGAUACGUAGUUGUACCCUUCAACUUGUAAUAAAUUCAUCCUCGUUCCAGGUGUGAUUGAUACGACGCGAACACGAUUCUUCUUGGGGGACGGCUCCUCUUUUGCGAGUGUAGCGGCAUUUCGGACUUACCUGGAGCAUCAAGCACACCACGGCACUGACGUUGCCUCUACGAAAAGUUUGCGGGAAGCGACUGGCGAAUCCGAGCACGUUGCUGCUCCUCGCACCACGACUGCAGAAAUACAACAGAAGCGAAAAACUCCGACGUUGGCAGAUGAUACGCCAGUGGUCACCACUGCUAAACAUCAUAAGACUGCGGACGUUGUCGCGGCACAAGAUCAUGGAGUGCCAGGAACAGCAAAGCCAGCUUCUAUGACAGCGGAAGAACGACUCUACAUAAUGCAACUUGUGUUGGGCGCCUUCAGCUUCUUGGUUGUCAUCUGCGGAGCUAUAAUCUACAUUAUUUUUCUUCGUUCACCUCAAUAUUCGUCUUUCGCAGAAUCAGCUGUGUUGCCGGACACGCCGGCCGCGAACAACACAGCUGCAUCUUCCAGGCUGCUUGAUGCGCUGAAUAGGAUAUUCAGCAGAGCAGAUGCGCAGACGACGCUAAAAGAGGCCACUUCGCCGGGCGAGCGAGCACGCACUCGUACCAGUGGGUAUGGUGCAACGCAGAAUUCGAAUUCUUCAAAUAUUAAAUAGAGAUUUGAUGGGGAAUUAGAAGAUUUUCUAUUUAAUAUAGGCGCAAUAUUAAAUAAAUGCUAGAGGAGAAUCAUCUUUAUUAGAUUUUUUGGUGAAAAUGUAGCAGUGUUCAUAGGUGUUAUAAUGUUCAAUGUUAUUCUCGAAGAAGAGGUACCAUCGUACCAAGGACGAAGAGAGUCCUAGUAGUACAUAGAAACAUGCAGAUUCCUCGUUAAUGUUCGUAGUAAGUAGUCAACAAGUAAAACAGGUGUUUGUCACAUUCCGUAAAUACAAAUCAUUCAACAGAGUCAUGCAAAAAUGCAACAAGCUGACAAGUAGUCAAGUAGUUCUGCACAUUGAUGAACAGUGUUUCUGCAACGAUUUCUGCAAUGUUUCGAGCUAGUAGCACGUUCUUACAGAUCAUGCACCAAGCAAAGCAUUUAAGCAUCCACGCUACAACACCAGCGACAUAGAUUCCGAGAAUACGACUUCGAGAAUACAAGAGCACAGAGAUAGGUGCGUUUAGACUGGAGUCGUUCACGUAGUUGACCUGUACACAAUUGGCAGUCUUCCAAGCAGUUUUUAGUAAAAACAAGUUUCCAGCAAGAAGUCUAGUUGUACAAGUUUGCAGCAAGAAAUCAGGAAAAUGACCAUACCAAAUUCAGAACUAGGGAAAUUGAAGUGGGAUACACACGAUUUUCUUUUCGGGGACUUAGACCCUAUGCAUUCAUCCAGCAGGAAAUAGCAUUCAUUACGACAAACUAAAAGCGCUGGAUGAAGCAUCCACGUUAACGAACAUCAGGGAGAAGGGAAAAAUAUCUCUGCAAAUGCAAUGCUACGUGCACUGUGCACUGUGAUCUUGGCAUACAAAAAAAAGUGGCUGCGGCGGGGAACCCCCCCGAAUCAUGAAUGAGUCAUGUAUUGACAUC